UUUUCUCUCAGACUGUUCUAGAAACAUUAUUAUAAUUUCUGUACUGAACGUGUGAUUCCAAAAUCCAAACGAACGAUAUGUAAACAAUUUUUUUUAUUAUUGAGUUGAACGUUAACUUUAACCUCGAAAUGAGUAUUUAAGCAUUAUAUGUAGUAAAUACAAUAAUUUAAGUGACCAAAUAUCACAUAAAAAUGGAAGAAAAUCCUAGUACAGAAUUUUUAGAAAAUUUUCUAUUAAAUUAUACAGGAGGUGAAAUAAAAUUAUUACAAACAUAUUACAAUGAAGGAAUAGCGUUGUUAUGUAUCAAUCAUGUUGAAAAAAGGAAUGCCAUUACCGGAAAAAUGUUAGUCGAUCUGAGAAAUUGCGUAUUAGAGCUGGAAAAAUGGGAAAAUGGCAAAGCUGUCAUACUAUAUGGAGAAGGUAUUGCUUUUAGCUCAGGAGGUGAUCUUAAUUUUGCCAGAACUGAGAAUAAUCCAACUUCAGGCUUUUAUAUGAGUUACUAUGCGCACGAUACACUUAAGAGGUUCAGAAAACUUCCUUUCGUAACUGUUAGUUUGGUACAUGGCCCGGCUUUAGGAGGAGGGGCUGAAUUAGCGGUAUAUUCAGAUUAUGUUAUAGUUGCUGAUGAUGUAAAAUUAGGAUUUGUUCACGGUAAAAUGGGAAUUGUGUCUGCAUGGGGAGGAACCACUAGAUUAAUGAGAAUUGUGGGCGAAAGAAAAGCCUUAGAAAUGGUGUUGACGUCAAAAAUCUACUCAGCUAAAGAAUGCUUAGACCUGGGACUGGCUUACAAAAUAGUAAACUCAAGCAUUAAAUUAGCCGAAACUUUAAAUUUUGUUAGAGCUCUCACAGUUCAUGAUUAUUCCAUAAUACAGUCUAAUAAAAACGUCACAAAUUUUGUGUCUGAAAAUAGUUUUGAGAAAUCGUUGGAUAUUGAAAGAGAACAGUUUUAUCCUAAAUGGGGAUCCAAAUUAAAUAAGGAGGCAUUAGAUAAAAGAAUAAAACAUGUACAAAACAAGAAUUGAAUAAAAUUUUAUUUACUAAAA